AUGACUGAUCAGUUGACUCGCAAAGUCGCACGUCGUGUUACUCCAGAGGAAUUUGAUAUGGACUUGAAAAUGGGUAGAAAUAUGUGGUUCCUACCACACUUCGCAGUUGUCAAAGACUCUCCCACUACGCCGAUACGUGUGGUGUACGACAGUAAGUCACGUUAUAAUCGACAUUCACUGAACGAUUAUUUCGCUAAAGGAGAUAAUAUGAACUUAGACAUUUUUGAAAUAGCGCUGCGAUUUCGUGAGUUUGAAAUAGGUGUAAUUGCCGAUGUCUCAAAGAUGUUCCAGGCUAUCAAGCUGACAUCUGACGAUGCUAGAUUUCACUGCUUCCUGUUCAGGGAAAGUCCUGAUCUUCCAGUUGAGAUUUAUGAACUUCAGACUGUUACAUUUGGGGACAAACCAUCUCCCACUGCCGCUACUCUAGCCUUACGUUACGUUGCACAAUCUCAUGCAACCCAGAAUCAGGAAAUUCAACGUGUGAUAUCCAAUCAGUUUUACGUCGAUGAUCUGAGUGACUCGCAGCGAUCUGUGGACUCUGUCAAAGAUUUGAAAUCUGAUCUGACCCAGACACUCGAUAAGGGCAAAUUUCACAUUCGAAAGUGGUUAUCGAACGCUAGAGAAAUAUGCGAGGCAGAAUAUGUUCCUAAAGAUGGCAACACAACAGUCUUGGGUACUAAAUGGAACAUAAACAGGGACACUCUGAGUGUGAAAGACGUUGAUUACCAGAUUCUCGUCCCCACCAAGCGCAACAUAUUGAAAAAAGUGGCGUCAUACUAUGACAUAUUUGGAAUGAUAUCCGGUGUAACCGUGCGUCCUAGAAUGCUUCUACAAAAACUAUGGCUGUUCGAUUUAGAUUGGGACACGCCAAUCUCGCAGGACAGUGAUCUGUACGCUGAACUUCAGUCGAUUGAACGUGAUCUGAAGGACGUCGCUGGUGUGGAGAUUGAUCGAUGUUUAGUACCUCCAAAGUUCCGUGGUCAGUCAACAUUACCUAAGGUUUCACUCCAUGGUAUGAGUGAUGCAUCAGAGGAUGCCAUGGGGGUGGGAAACUGGCUGAGAUGGGCUGAAUCGGGGGAUGGAGAAGCUGAACUAUCAUUCGUAUGUGCUCGCUCAUGGCUCACACCAUUGAAACAAUCCAGUAUUCCAAGAAAGGAAUUACAAGCAAUACUGCUUCUCAGUCGAUUGGUGAUUACUGUUCGCGAUGCGCUACGUCUUGAAAUCGAGUCUGUGAAACUUUGGACCGACAGUAAAACGGUUAUAAGUUGGCUCCAAGGACAUUCAAAGGCCUUUCGAUCAUACGUCGCCUGCCGAGUUGGUGAAGUCACCCAGAACUUUGAUCCGGUCACAGAAAUCGCCUUUGUACCUACUGACGAAAAUGUCAUCGAUCUGGUAUCGCAUGGUGGAACUGUAGACCAAAUGAGAAAUGUGAUCGCGGGUCCAGCAUUCCUUCGCAAAUCGCCGUCAGAAUGGCCCAGCGCUCCAAAACUGAAAAUGAACUCUGAUGAUGCUGAACUGAAAAAGUUCCAUGUGCGCAAUGCCCAAGUCCUUGCUCUGAAACUAGUCGCUGACUUUCCGGAUCAACCCAUCUUGAAUCCCAUCGAUUACUCAUGUUGGACACGUCUUACUAUGGUAACAGCAAGGAUUCUGUCGUUGUCCAAAUUACCGAAAAAUCAAUGGCUCAGUCGUCUCACAGAGACAGUCGCAAAGUUUCCUACCUUGGCAAGAAUCAAGGAAGCAGAACUCUAUUGGAUCAGAUAUGCCCAGCGAGAGCUGAACUUUACUGAUCACAACCUUCGGAAACUCAACCCAAUACUCGAUGAGAAACAACAAGUGUAUCGCGUUGGAGGCCGUCUAGAUCGAGCUCCUGUCUCUUACGACAUGCGUCAUCCAUACUUACUGCCUAGAAGAAAUCGCAUCUCGCUCCUGAUUGCGCAUGAAAAACAUCGCUAUGCUCUCCAUGGUGGACAAUUACGCACAGUUACUGAGAUUCGAAGGUCCUAUUGUAUCAUUGGGGACAUGAAAAUUGCUAGUGCUAUCAUAAAAGACUGUAAAAUAUGCAUCAGGAACAAUGCUCAGGCUCUUCAGACUCUGAUGGCCGAUUUACCGCUAUGCAGGUUGAAACCAUUCACCCCAGCAUUCUUCACAACCUUUGUGGAUUAUCUAGGUCCUAUCAAUGUGAAACUGAACAGAAACACUGUAAGUCGAGGUUAUGGUGCUCUGUUUACCUGCGCUGUCGUCCGUGCUGUGCACGUAACCUGUGUUCAGGACCUGACCACAGAAGCAUUUCUGAUGGCACUUGAUCGCUUUGUAGCUAGCCGUGGAGCUCCUGCCCAUAUGCGUAGUGACAAUGCAACUUGCUUCCGAGGCGCGGACAAUACGAUCAACGAUCUGAACUUGAAAUUUGACAAAGAAAAAAUCUUGGCAGCUAGCACCAGGUUCAAGAUUGACUGGAAAUUUGGUCCUGGUGAUGGGCCCCAUCACCAGGGGGCUGUCGAAAGAAUGGUUCAAGAGGUGAAAAAGGGCAUGAGACAUAUGGUCCAUGCUGAUAAGUUGACAUUCGUCGAGUGGGAAACUGUAUUUUCACAGAUUUCUGCAUUGAUUAAUAGCCGUCCGAUCAGUGCAGUUGCAUCAUCGCCACUGGACGAACCACCGCUGACACCCAAUCACUUCCUGAUUGGACGUGGAGAUUUGUUGUCGCCCGAAGUCCCAUGUGAGGAUUACGUUGGAGAUCUUCACAAACGUCGUGCUCUGUGCCGUAAACUAGUUGACAAUUUCUGGUGUAGGUGGAUGGUCAACAUCCAUAAACUAUCUGCUCGCUACAAAUGGUCUGAGGCUAGGGAAAACCUCAGAAUAGGUGACGUUGUUCUAGUCAUCGAUGACAAAAUCAAACGUGCUCACUGGAAAAUGGCCGAGGUUGAAAAAGUAUUCCCAGGAGAGGACAAUUUUGUUCGAGUUGUCGACGUCAGAAUCCCCUCAGGACUGAUCUUGAAACGUCCAGUUACUAAAUUGGUUCUCCUUAUGAGUAGACUUGAGAGAACAGACUUAAAUGAUACCGAGUAA